AUGGAAGUACCUUACUCAACAAUUAAGUCAAUUUUGCUUCACGCAAAUGUGAAUUAGAUUUUUCCAACUAUUCUUAUUAUAGUUAUGCGAACCGAAAGGCUAGCUUAGCCAGCAGUGGAUUAGUGAUAAACUGUUAAGACUAGCCGACUAGCUUGCUAAAAGGCUAGAUGUUGUUUUCGCGCAGUCAAGCAGGUUGGAAAGUCAGCUGCGUGUUUCGGUUCCUUAAAAAUACAUACGUUCUGUGUUACACCUCGUGAACAGUUGUCACAUGGAGUUCAGGCAGAGUUUCUCACCCCUCCUCUUUCUUGCAUUGUUGACCCAAAAAGAAGAAGCUUGUGUUUACGGCAGCAGCCAUUCCCAACAAAACAGCUGUUGCCUUUUAUCUCUCCGAAGGGAAAGAUUGACGCGCGCGCUCUCUUCUCCCUUCAGCAGCGCCCCGUGAACCGACCGUCAUCACGUCCUCAUUCAAGGCUGCACGAGACCUUUGACAGGACGCAUCUCGGUCCUUCACCCCUGUCACGUCACUGGCUGACUAUUCAGAUUCAAAAUAGAAAAAUAGAAGGGGUGGUUGUUUACAUCUUUUUUAACAAGUCAUUGUUUCUCCACUGCCACGUGCAGGAUUUUGUUUUGUUCCAUCCAUACAGAUGCACUUUAUACUCAACAUACUUGCUGCUGAUUGAAAAAUGGACUUACCUGAUCCAGGUUAUUGGUACUAGUACCUGUUCCAGGUAAAAUUAGCCGGAAAUACAUGCAAGGCACUCAUGUAGCUACUAUUAAGAACCAAGAGUCUUGAGGGCCGGCGUCCUGCAGAUGCUUUUCAUAUAUUUGCACCUCACCUGCAGUUGAUCACUUGGAUCAGGUGUGUUUUGCCAAAACCAAAGCUCCGAGGGCAGAGUUAGUUGACUUCAAGAUCAGAAGUUCCACCACUUACAUCUUACAUCACUAUAGUUCAGUUAUUACUGUGAGUUACAUUAAGGUCAUUGCAGUAUCGUUUGUCUUGAAUGUGCACUGGCAAAAGUAGCAUUGAUAAAGGGGUAUAGAUCUUAUGUAUCAUAUAUAGACUAUAGAUGUCUUACGAUAUUUAUUCUAUAAUUAUAUCUCUUAAGACAUGGGCAAAAUUGUUAGGGAAAAUUGUCGUGUUAUUCUUUUACUCAGAUUUCUCAUUCAGGUUUAAAUAUAGUUAAAGCUGGAUAAGUUUGCUCCAAAAAGAACUGUUUGUUUAUGCUUAUGUGCAUGCACAGUUUUAUACAUUUAUUAUCUCAGAAAUUCUAUUUAAUUGUUUAAAAGUUGGUUUGUUGGAUCCAAAUUCUAAUUUUUAUCCCUGGUGUUCCAUCACAGAGACCUCUGAGCCCACACACUGUUACAACUAGAUAAAGGUUAGAUUGGACCCGGUCUGCCACCUGCUGCAGACGCCAGUGACUGACGAGGAGGCCUGGCGGGGUGGAAGGAGGCACCAUGAGCGGGAAGAACCUGCUUCUGAAAGUGAUCCUGCUGGGAGAUGGUGGAGUUGGAAAGUCCUCCUUGAUGAAUCGGUACGUGACCGAUCGCUUCGACUCGCAGUCCUUCCACACCAUCGGCGUGGAGUUCCUGAACCGAGACAUGGUGGUGGACGGGCGCCUGGUGACCCUUCAGAUCUGGGACACGGCCGGUCAGGAGCGCUUCAAGUCGCUGCGCACGCCCUUCUACCGCGGCGCUGACUGCUGCUUGCUCACGUUUGCGGUGAACGACUCGCGGAGCUUCCAGAACCUCAACUGCUGGAAGAGGGAGUUCAUAAAUUACUCAGACGUGAAGGACCCCGAGCGGUUCUCCUUUGUGGUGCUGGGGAAUAAAGUAGACGUGGAGCACAGGGAGGUGGGAGAAGUUGAGGCCCGGGCGUGGUGCGAGGAAAAUGGCAGCUAUCCUUACUUUGAGACCAGCGCUAAAGACGACACCAACGUCGCAGCUGCUUUCGAAGCAGCCGUCAGGGAAGUUCUUGCCACCGAGGACCAGAUGGACCAUGCACUUCUGAGCAGCACGAUCGAUCUCCACGGCAACCGUAAAACCUCUCGUUCAUCAUGUUGCUGAUAAGACAGGUGUGAAUUCUCAUUUGAAUCUCUGCGCUGAAGCUCCUUCGGGUUGAAUUUAAAGAGCCCGUUGGGGUUAUUGUUUGUGCUCCUGACGGUAACCGGGCAGAGCGCCACCUGUUGAUGAUGUGGAAGAGACACAGCUGUUGCGAGGAUGAGGGUUGGUCAAGAGUUUUUGGUGGUGGCGUUGCUUUCCUGUGGCGCCGCAGAAGAAUGCUUCGCCUCAAUGUUUGCCUAUGCCAGCCUGGAUCAAAUGAUGCAACUUUUUCAUUCAGCCCAUUGAUGGGAGCAAAAGAGCGGAGACUUGUGUGUCAGAGCUCAAAUUUACACAUUCUGAACCGUCCAUCCAGAAAACAUCCUUUAAUUCAUCGUUUGGGUAACUCCUCCCAACAACAACAAUUUUAUGGUCAUUUAGAGUCUGAAGAACGGAAAUAAUGGUGCACUAAAAAUAAAUUGACCUUCUUUGUUUCAAAUCGGAAGGGAAUACUUUAAUAUUCCAGGCCUGAUCAGGUCUUCAUGAGCACUCUUUCAUUUUAAUGUCUCUCUUGCUUCCACAUUAGGCUGUAGUGCUGCAUCAGGGAAUCAAUGUUUUUAGCUUCAGUACGAUAUGUUUAUGGUACAGUUUAUCCCACAAAGUUUCCUUUGGUACAGUUAGGUUUUUUUUCCAUUAAGGCACACACGUCCUUUCAAGUAUUCUUUUCUUCCAGGUUUUUCUGAUCAGGGACAGAUUAAAUAAAGCCUUUCUUUUUCUUCCCUGAUGUGUGCAGGAAGGUCUAAUUCUAAAUAGCAUCUUUCUAAUCUUCUUGUCUACCGUGUUGAAUGCAUAGUAGGCCUCAACAUUCCGCUCUCUUAGCUUGCCAGAGGGUCUCCUGUGCAUUACUGAUAAAUAGCAUAUGCCUUGUGCUGUCAGUGUGGUCAUUAUAGGUCUCAGCUGAACAUGAAAUGGCUUCAGCACAGUUAUUACUUCCAGUAUGUGGAUUGUACCUCACCUUUCCUUCCUAUUCGUGUUGUUUAGCCAAACCGAUCACGUAUUCCAACAGCUUAAUGUUUACUUCCGAUUUCUUUUUUCAUAACCUCAUGGUACUUUUAUGACUUUACUUCCCACAGGUACUUUUGUGUUACUGAAAGUUUUGCUUUUUUUAUGCUGAACUGUAAAAUUGUUUUGUUGUUUUUUUAACUCAUUAUUUUGUGUUUUUCACACAAACCAGUUUGGUGUUCCAUCAAUAGUUUUCAUGCUGUGAUUGCACAAAAGUGGCUCUAAAUCGUACCUUUCGUCAGCCGAUCAAUCAGCGGUUAGGCCAUAAGGUACCGUCACUGUGGAAAUCAACCAACAGGUACUGUUUAGAAUAAGCUGUUCAUUUGAAAGGUUUUUGGUCAAAAAAAUUCACAGUUCAAUUGUAGUCAUCACAAUUUCUUUGAGAACAAUUACUGUGAAAAUAAGUGGGGCAUUUUGAGGAAAUUUUUCUGUUAACCUUUCUUCAAUAAGACCUUCAUAAUUUAACAAUUAUUGGCGUUCAAAGCGGUUCAGAUUAACCCUGGCUUUGAUGGAUUACUGUACUUUGCUGUCUACCUGAAAUCUUACUGAGAUUGUAGCAUCAUGUAUUCAGUAUUUUGCUCUUUCAGUAUUUAAUAUGAAUGUAAACGCUUCUACAAGCAGCCUAUUUAAUGUUUUUUUUUUUUUUUUGUAAAUUUGUAAUAAUUUUAUUGUGGAAACAAAAACAACGGGCGUCUGUUUUAUUUUGUGCUCAAAUAUAAUUUAAGCUGUGUGAAAGUCAAACUGUUCAAUUUGAUUUGAACUAAUGGACAACUUUUUGUUUUCUUUGUUCACCACUGGAGGAUAAAGAUGACAUUCUACCAGUGCUUUGCUUCAAAUAAACAAAGGAUAAUUUAUCUACA